GGCCAGGUUGGACGACAUCCAGCAGGACAAAAUGUCACAGUACUCUGGAAAGAUUACUUUUUAUGAGGGGAAGUGCUUCACCGGCAGGAAGCUGGAGGUCAGAGGUGACUGUGAUAACUUCCAGGACCGCGGCUUCAUGAACAGGGUGAACUCGAUCCGUGUGGAGAGCGGAGCCUGGAUCUGCUACGACCACCCUGACUUCAAGGGCCAGCAGUACAUCCUGGAGCACGGCGAGUACCCAGAAUUCCAGAGGUGGAACUCCCACAACGACCACAUGGGAUCCUGCAAACCCAUCCGCAUGCAUGGCGAGCACUACCGCAUCGAGCUGUUCGAGGGCUGUAACUUCUCCGGUCAGUGCGUGGACAUCUGCGACGACUGCCCCUUCCUGCAGAGCCGCGGCUUCUCCAAGAACUGCAUCAACUCUGUGAAGGUCUAUGGAGACGGAGCCUGGGUGAUGUACGAGGAGCCAAACUUCCGUGGCCGCAUGUACAUUGUUGAGCGUGGAGACUACUGCAGCCAUAACGAGUGGCAGGCCCAGAACCCCAACAUCCAGUCCAUCCGCAGAAUCGUCAACUACUUCUAAACCCCUCUGACCUCUGACCC